AUGACGAAUAGAACCACCCCUUCAUCGUCUUUACCUAGGCCACGAACAAAUUCGACUGUCGUUCCCUCCACUUCAUUACCAUCCAGCGUACCCUCUCCACCUUUCAAACCGACACCACCUUCAGCGCUCCUUGCUUCACACAACUCCAACCCCAACGCAUCGCGGUCACCAUCGUUUUCUAGUCAAGCUGGAUCACCUUCGAGCAACAUGACCUCCAUGCCGAGCACCAGUACGCAACGAACCCUCAAAAAGCCUAUUCCGGGCGCUCGGUCGGCGAGUGGUAGUGUCGGGUUGAAGGAAAAGGGGCAAGAGACGAGGAAACCGCUGAACAGGAAGGUCUCUUCGGUACUUUUACCUCCAGCUGACAAGUCGAAUGGCGGCAAUGCGAACGAAGGCUCAUCAUUUAACGGGGCAAAGAACCGAGUCGAGUUGCCAAAUGCCCCAGCGACGGUACGGUCGAAUUCCAUCAAGAGGAAGCCGGUUCCGGUUACAGAUGAGCACGCAACAUCGACAACACCGGGGCCUAACGUUCCCUUUGUCACGGCGUCAGAGGCUGAAUCGAGUACAGGGUACCAACGGAAACCUACAAGACCUCCACCCAACCCUAGACCACGCGUCUCCUCGGUCACUGCAUGUCCUUCGCACUCGACCAGUUCAGUACUUCUGCCACGUCCGACAAAUCGAACCGUUUCCCCUUCACCUGCACCAUCACCAUCCAAUUCUACUAUUUCAAAUACCCUCCAAAACUCUUCUCGUGCAUCCACUCCGUCCUCUCGUUUUACAAAUCAGUCAACUACUUCCUCUCCUUCAACAUCGAAAAUAACUGUUACCUCCCCUACAAGAAAACCUAGCUCGAGGUUACGAGCGCCAUCCCUUGCCACCAAGUCGACGUCUUCCACCCCUUCACUUCCGUCUCUACCUUCUUCCCAACAAGUCACCCCCAAGUCACCGUCUCGGUCACCGCCCAAGCCCAACCAAAGUCAGAGCUCGGCGGCCUCUUCAUCGCGAACAAUACGUUCAGCACCAUCCUCUGUUCGACGGCUGAGCCAGGUUCAGGGAGCGUCACCGAACGCGAGUGGUGUAUCUUCACCUUCUGCCCCAGAGAUACCAGUAUCUCGUCGACCUGUUCAACAACCCACCUCCACCUCUUCCGUUAUACCUCCAUCUCGAUUACGAACACCGUCAUUGGGGAAUAUUUCCUUACCGUCGAAAGUUACAUCCACCGUUAACACAACGCCUCCCGCUAGAAGGCUACGGACGUCUUCUACGGUAACAUCAGGUAACGCGAACAUUGCGGAUACAUCUGCAUUUACUUCACCCUCGACUACGUCGGCAUCAGUAAUCAGACCUGUACGUGCGAUUCCGUCAUCCACCUCAGAUACGAGUUCUGCACCUCGACGACUGCCAAAUACGCCGCCGUCAGUACCAACUUCCCUUGGACCGGCCGCUACGUCCACGACGAUUAAGGCGUUUCUCUUUCCGCCUAUUGAGGGUGGAGACGAGACGAGUGGUGGGAGUUUGUAUAGUCAGACGUCGGCUUCGCAAAAGGAGGAUGCUAUGUUGCAGCCGGAACCGAAUGGACUAACCGGUCGUGAAGAUCACAACCAGCAGAAGGCCCUUGAGACGCUCAUGAACGCGAAAGUCACCCCGAGUGCAGAUGUCUCACAGCCGUCGCGCAAUCCUUCGUUAUCCAAUCGCAAUGCGUCCAGUACCUCGACAAUGCUGCGGUCGUCAAGGUCAAGUGCUACAUCAGAAACUCCGACUCGCGCUUUGACAGUGGAAACAAGAACCAAGAAGACAACGACUUCGAAGUCUUUGUUACGACCGUCUGGACCUAGGGAGCCCUUAUCUGCAAAAACUCCCACCUCAGCUCCCACUGAGUAUUUGACCAGUACCACCGCUUUUCCCGCCUCGUCUCCCGACAUCUCCACUUUACCCGCAGUAGCGUCACGAUUGCGCCCUCCAUCGCCACCGGUUCCCACUCUAACCCCAAAUCGGUCGUUUUCUUCUCUGAUAUCGAUCUACACCUCUUCCACGAUUGGGGCACCAUCAUCCUCGGUCUUGUCGUCACCUUCACCCUCGUUAUCAGAAGCUUCAUCUGAUACAGGUAUGUGGAGACGCGUUGCGCCUCCGCCGACCUCAAUAUUCGGGUUCGGGAUGUCUGGGAGUGCGCGAUCGUGCGACGAAGGGAAGGGGAAGAGAGGGAGAAUACCCUCAUUUGAGGAUCCUUCUUCUGGUGCUAACGAGCGUGAGGACGUAGACCUUACCAAGAGGAGAGAGAAAUCGAUGAGCAUUGGAACCGUUCGCGCUCACGAUGGAUUGGGGGGUAUGAUGAGAGAUGAGGAUGGGAGAACGGUUGGAGAUGAUCCUGAUGGAAGUCGAGCACCACCUUCAACUCAUUCUAUAUCCUUUCCGAAUUCUUCUUCACCCCCAGCUCUCACUUCCUCAUUACAUUCAAGGAUGUCGCCGGUGCCCCGUACUCACCGCUUAUCGCAGAGUAUUACACCAGCUACCAUCUUCACUACGCCUUCCGCAACAUCUCCCAAUCGCGCUCGUUACUCCGCCAAACGACUCUCUUUUGUUCAGAGGCUGGGUGCUGACGAUAUGAAGCGUCUACUCUCGAAGCCAGCUGUGGUUUCGGGAUACUCUAGCCCUAGUGAUUCUGAGAACCAUGCUCAUCGGAAACCCAGCACGCCUGUUUUUGGCACCACUCCAACACUACCAGUUUCUCCUCGAAGAAGAGUAGCGAGUGAAGAGUCUCGUCGCACCACCUCGAAGUACGAAGACUUCAAUUCGGCUUCGGAUGUGACGUCGAAGCGGCCUGUCACAGCUGCUAGCAAUUGGGUUGCGCCUUGGGAUGUACAAGAGGGUAAUGGCGUAUCAUCAGCGACGCCUGCUGAAGUGAAGAAAGGUUUUAAUUUGUUGAGUCGAACACCAUCUCUUCGUAGGCUAGCUUCCGAAGAGCUUAUGACCUGGAGGAAGGAGAAGGAGGUCAAGUCAACCUCGAAGGAGGCAAAGAAGACACGGAACAUACUUAGGAAACCCUCUCUCAAGAACCUCCCGACUCUGGAAGGUUCUUCGUCGUCGAAUCUAUGCCCACCUCGGUCGAAUGCAAGGAGUCCGUCGCCAGCUCGUUCAGGAAGCGGAAACACGUCGUCUUCACGUGCAUCUAGUCCUACGCGUGCACUGCUUAAACCUGUGUUAAGCCCCGCUCCUCGUACGCCGGCUGAAGAAAUCAUGAUGGCGUAUAAACAACAGGCAGCGCGGGAACAGAUUAUUGAGAGGGAUUUUGGCGAUGAAGUGAAGGCUGGGGAAGUUUUUGCGAUGGAAGAGAAGGAUAGGAAUGCAGCGAGGAAGUUGCGGGAUAUUGAGGUCGGGAUGGGCAUAAGGAACGACGAAACUGCCAUGUCUUCGUCAACUGCUACACCGGUUCAAGAUCCAACGCCAGCAAAGCAUCCACCCUCCCUUGCACCGACUGCAAAAAUGGGGUCGCUGCCGAAGCGUGAAGGUCAUGCUUCGACAGCAACUCAAGGCAGGAAACGACAACCAGAACAAUUACCUGCCGCUCCUCAUAACCCCCACUCUCCUUCUUAUAACCUUCUGGAGUCAACAACCGGACAGGUUGUGGCCAUUGGAAGCGAAAAGGAUGCAUUUCUUCCAUCGUUUUGGGAUACUCCUGCAAUAAAUGUUGCUUCGCAACUUGGCGUCGGGAAUGGUGACGUCUUGCCGAAAACCUCUCAACCUCCCAUGACCUCAUCGGAUGUAAAUCUGCAUUCCUCUGUUGGAACUGGCCGUGCCAGUUUACAGGAACGGAGAUCUUCGCUUUUACGGCCAUUGACGGUGUCACCUCCCGAACCACGCAACCUCCGGAUGUCUUUAGACCGCUCCCGAGAAGCAGCCCGUCCCGCUGUCGCUGCGUUUGAUCUUCAUUCACCAUCCGCUUCACGUACAAAUCACUCAACCCUCGCCUCGUCUAUACCCAUCUCCUACGGAACAAAGGCGAGUAAGGGAGGAAUUUGGAAUCUGAUGAAGCGGCGUAUCUCCGCGGGUGGUUUGAGAGAGAACUACCAUCAAUCCGGGGACAGCGAAGCUUCCUUAUCAAACACACCACCUCCUGUUCCACCUCUUCCAAAGGGUUUAGUGGCCACGAAUGUCCAUCCACCGACGAAAUUGAAGUCACCGACAGCUCCACCAACUCCCAUGGGUCCUCUUGGUUCUCCGUACGCGGCCACUUCGCCUGUGCCAUUGAAACCCAGACGAUCGAUGGGAGAUUGGCGACCGGGAACGUCUCCAGGCGCCUCUAAGGCACAUACUACCUCAUCUACCUCGAGCAUUACUACAGGGCCUAGCGCUACCACUCGAUCUUGGUCGCCUGCUUCCCCCUGUAAUCCCCCUGGAGAGUCACGGAGCUCCUCUAGCUCUUACGGCGAAGAAGUCCCUACUCUUCUAUCAAGCAAAAAACGGAACGCUGAAGUACUACAACAGCAUAUCCUCUCCCCGAGUGAGCUUUCCCGGCUUCAGCGCGAUUUCGAACAGGAAUAUGAGAAGAAUGACCGUUUGGCCACCACGAGGCCUGUGCUGUCCAAAAUCGUCGCUGGCACCCCGUCGACCUCGGUGGUCACUUUUCCUCGUUCAACUAGAACGGGUCCAUCAAUUAGGAAAAGUGAUGAAUGGAUGAUCGUAGGCAAUCCCGUUGACCCACCUUCAUUUUCCCUUCCAGUUCCUCGUUACAAACCACGCAACCCGUCAUCCCCGUCAAGGCCAAGCACGGCGCCUGUCCUUCCUCCAGCUCUUCCGACGCCUAUCAAGAGUAUGAAGACGCCCGUAACUUCCCCUAGUCAUCACAUUUUAUCGCUUCAGAAAACUUUUACGAGCGACGACAAGCCCGGAACCCUGCCACAAAGUCGAAAGUCAACCUCGGCGAUACCGAGACCAUCAGUUUCCAGCUCCAGCGUUCCGUCUCCCUCAAGAUCGGGGGUGGUCUUUCGAGAACUUCCUUCGUUUAGCCGCACUGUCAAGGAUACCUGGACUGAGAAGGAGAAGGCUGAUAAGUGGGAUGACCUCUUGCUGAGAAGUGAUCUAGCUGGGGGGACAUUGCACUUGGGGGCGGCGGACCGCCUUGAAUCGGACGACCUCGAGCUGCGGUUGUCUGUUGCAGAUCCGGAGGACGAUAGAAACCUUUCAUGA